UUUUAAAUGAACAGCUUUACUUUGAAAUUGUCCCGGAAGUCUGGUAACAGUUUUUAUCCCCCAACCCUCCGCUAUUCCGGUCAGCUGACCAAGAGUCGGUCUGCUGACUGUCAAACCCUCCAAGUCUGCACUGAUACUGGGAGACUACCGUCACCGGGCCGAACCCUGCUCUGGCCAUGUUAUCGGAGCUCCUUUCUCGGGCAGCCACCUGACACCCUCCGCUGUGAUCCGGAAGUGCAACGGUUAGCCUAAACACGCCAAAGUCGCGGAAACAGCCGGAUUCUCCCUGUCUUCCGUGACCGCUCAUCUGGUCGUCUCCAUCCCAAGCCCGUGUGACUCCAGCCGGCCCACCUCCCAGGCAGCUUCCGCUGACAGCCAUGGCCCUGCUGGACCUCGCCAUGCAGGGCCUCGCCGUGUUCGGCUUCAUCCUGUUCUUCGUGCUGUGGCUCAUGCACUUCAUGUCCAUCAUCUAUGUACGUCUUCACCUCCACAAGAAAAGACCAGAGGUCAAACAGCCGUUCAUGCAGCUAGCUGGAGUUUCUCUGCUGAAGCCACUAAAAGGAGUUGACCCGAACCUGAUCUCCAACCUGGAGACAUUCUUUACACUGGAUUACCCAAAGUUUGAAAUCCUGCUGUGCAUUCAGGAUCAAGACGAUCCAGCUGUUGACGUCUGCAAAAAGUUGUUGGGAAAAUACCCGAAUGUAGACGCUCGAUUAUUCAUUGGAGGGAAGAAAGUUGGAAUUAACCCCAAGAUCAAUAACUUGAUGCCGGGCUACGAAGGAGCUAAAUAUGGCCUGGUGUGGAUCUGCGACAGUGGCAUCAGAGUGAAACCGGACACCCUGACAGAUAUGACUAAUCAGAUGACAGAGAAGGUGGGACUGGUACAUGGGUUACCGUACGUUGCCGACCGCCAAGGCUUCGCUGCCACACUGGAACAGGUGUACUUUGGGACAUCCCACCCCCGCUCAUACAUCUCGGCUAAUGUGACUGGGAUAAAGUGCGUGACGGGUAUGUCAUGUCUGAUGAGGAAGGAUGUUCUGGAUCAGGCCGGCGGAUUGGUCGCCUUCGCUCAGUACAUUGCUGAGGAUUACUUCAUGGCUAAAGCUAUUGCUGACAGAGGCUGGAAAUUCUCCAUGGCGACACAGGUGGCGCUGCAGAAUUCUGGAUCUUACUCCAUUGGCCAGUUCCAGUCCCGCAUGAUCAGGUGGACGAAGUUGAGGAUCAACAUGCUUCCCGGCACCGUGCUUGAGCCUGUUUCCGAAUGCUUCCUCGCCAGUCUCAUCAUCGGCUGGGCCGCUCAUUAUGUGUUCAGAUGGGACAUGAUGGUGUUCUUCAUGUGUCACUGUCUCGCCUGGUUUAUAUCUGACUACAUUCAGCUGACCGGGGUCCAGGGCGGCCCUCUGUGCUUCUCGAAGCUCGACUUUGCAGUCGCCUGGUUCAUCAGGGAGUCGAUGGCGGUGCAGAUCUUCCUGUCGGCUCUGUGGGACCCAACCAUCAGCUGGAGGACUGGACGCUACCGGCUACGUUGCGGAGGCACCGCUGAGGAGAUCCUCGAUGUCUAGUUACCUCGGUGACGGGCCUCAUCUGCCCCUCCACCCUCACCUCCUCAUUACAGCGAGGAGAGGAAGAGACUGAUGUUUGUUUUUGUUUUUGUUUUUCUCUUUUU